AUGGUCGGCCCAGCCCUUCGCAGGCGCACCAACCGCCUCAGCGCCAUUCGACAGGUCGGCGGACGCCAGGCCCUCGUCUCUGUUCAUGACUCUUUCAAGGACCACUUCCGGAGAGACCUCCUCGAGCUCAAGCUCAAGGCCCUCCGCGAAAGCCUGACCUGGGAACAUGUCAAAGGCUGGCUCGCCAGUACCUUUCCAAUUAUCCCGCAGAUCGGAUCCUACAAUCUCAAGCUCUUUGGCGAAGACAUGGUCGCCGCCCUGACCGUGGCCUUUGUUUUGAUUCCGCAGUCGAUUGCCUACAGCUCGCUUGCUGAGGUCCAGCCCAUCCGCGCACUCCUGUCGUCCGUCUUUCCGGUCAUCAUAUAUGCCAUCUUUGGCCAGUCCAAGCAGCUCUCUGUUGGUCCCGAGGCUCUUUCCAGUGUCCUGGUCGGCGUCACUGUUCUGACCGAGUCCCAGAAUGGCUACACCACUGAUCAACUCUCGUCCAGUCUGGCCUUCCUGGUCGGAAUCUUCCUGCUCAUCUUGGCUGCCCUACAGGCUGGUUUCAUCGACAACAUUCUCUCUGGAUAUCUGCUUACCGGGUUCGUCACGGGUGUAGCAUCUUUGAUCAUGGUCGAGCAGCUUCCUGAGCUGCUUGGCGUCAACGAUUUCCCGGCCGGCAGCCUCUCGACCAUCCAAAAGCUGGUUGAGGUGUGCAACCACCUGUCCACGACCAACUUCAAGACCCUGGCCUGCAGCAUCGUCAGCAUCGUCUUCCUGCUCCUCCUGCAGAUCGCAAAGAAAAAGUACGGCCACAAGAGCAUAUAUUUGCGACUGCUCCCCCAGAUUCUCGUCCUCGUGAUCAUCAUGAUCUCGGUCUCUGCCGCGGCCAACUUCAGCUCGCUGGGAAUCCGUGUUCUCGGCCAGUUCAACAACCAAGUAUCGCCUCCCACAAUGCCUCCGCUCAACUUCCCCAUGGUCCAACGGCUGAUCAAUCCAACCAUUAUCUUGACCAUCGUUGGGUUCGUCGAGUCCCAAACCGUGACCAAGAAGUUUGGUCUCAAAAACGAGUACUCGCCCUCGGGCAACCGCGAGCUGUUUGCCCUCGGUGCGGCCAAUCUCGUGGGCUCAUUCAUGGGCUGCUAUGUUACCUUUGGCUCCUUGCCCAGAUCCAGGAUCCUGGCGGUGGCUGGCGGGCGCACCACGCUCGCUGGUCUCUUCGCCGCCAUCUUGGUCCUGAUUGCCUUCCUGACCCUGGUGCCUGUGCUCAAGUUCUUGCCCAAGAGCACUCUGGCUUCGAUCGUCUUUGUCGCGGCCUACAAUCUCAUCGAGUGGGACGAGAUAUUCUUCGUUCUUCGUGUUCGGGGCUGGAUCGAGGUUGCUCUCUUCCUGAUUACCUUUGCCCUGACACUGACCACCGACAUCAGCGACGGUAUCGUCCUGUGCCUGCUGCUUGCUGCCCUCAUCAUCAUCAAGCACACCACUAUCGUUGACAUGUCUGUCCUGGGCUGGGUACCGAGUGGUCAUGCUGCCGAUGCCGGCGGUUACUUUGUCGACAUCAAGGAGCACCCUGAGGCUGAGCUCUUUGAGAAUGUCUUGAUCAUGAAGAUCGAGGCUCCCUUGAUGUUCUACAACUGCGGUACUCUCCAGCGCAAGAUCGAUCUGCUCAUCCACGCGGAGCGGAGAUUAGCCAUCAAACAUGCUCGCGAUGCCGACCCCCACUUCAGCGCUCCUAACCACGAGGAGGACUCGGAGCUCACCGACAGUGAUCCCGAGCUCGAUUUCGACGACUCUUCCGAUAUCGAUGAUGACUUGGACGACGUCAAUGCCGACACCAUCUACAACACCAUCGCCAACAUGAACGAUCACAUCCACGACGAUAGUUAUAUGCAUCCCAACCCCUCAAGAUCCGACCAGGAAGGUAUCCACUACCUCCACAACAAUGGCAGCCACUACAACUACUACCACGGCAACGACAGUCGCUACCGCCACCACUACUAUCAUCACCACUCUCCCAUUGACCACCACCAUGGCAUUGACCACCACCACGGCAUUGACCACCACCAUGGCUCGCCCAUUCCCUGUGCCGUCUGUGAGAGCCACCAAGCUCAUCAUGCGCUCGAAAACACGCUGCAGCCUGGCCCCGAUGGACAGGAAUAUCCUCCGCAGACUGCUGCUGAGCACGAUCAAGACCAUCGCGACAACCAGGACGAGGCCCCGCCACUGGAUGGCCAUGACGUGGGGCCCCAGACCGACAAAGCCCCAGAGUACCCUCAAACGAGCACAUCCGAGGCCGAAACAAAUGCUCGCGACGUUCCUGCUGGACCUGAGCUCAGCGAAACCGAUGGACGGCAUCUGCUUGGCGACGAAAGCGUCAACCCUAGUGUCCAAAACGUUGCCGGCUCCGACCAAAGCCAUCGCUCCACUCCACGAGACAGCACCGCCGUUAACGACAGCGAGCCUGGACCAUCAGCCGAGAGCACCCGGAAUGCGGCUCUCCCGAGCACGGCCCAGAGCGUGCGGAGCGCAUAUGCCGUCAACAACCUCGACAAUAUCAACAGCCCAAGCUCCAGCCACCGUCCUUCUUCUUCCCACCACCAGCUGGUCGGCCGCAUCCAUACGUACGCCAGCAGUCACGGCGGCCCAUCGGGCAGUCUCCGCCACACCCACAAGCCUCACUACAUUCUGAUUGACCUCAAGAGUAGCUCGGACAUGGACUCGGCCGCCACGCAUACGCUCAAGACUAUCACCCGCUCGUUCAAGCGGCGCAAGUUCUCGAUCUACUUUACUGGCCUGCGAGACUUCCACCAGGUCCUCUUCCGGCGCUCGGGGCUGUUGAAUUUGGUGGGAUCCGAGCACAUCUUCAAGACCAUCCCUGAGGGCAUCGAUGCCAUCGACCGCGAGGUUGAUCUGGAGGAUCGCCUGAGAUACAGCCGGGCCCAUGUUCCCCUCGAGCCCCCAUCGGCUCGAGUUCCGGCGACAGCCCCGGUGCCGACCGAGGCCAACGACCAAGAAGGCCGGACGGCAGAUGAGCUGAACCAUACCGUCACCAUCACUCCUAACUAAAGCCGGUCCUCGACAGGGCUCAGAGGGGACGAAAAACGGAGAAGCCGCGACUCCUUCCUUCUUUCCAUCCAUCCUUCCUUCCUCACAUAUGGAGGA